UGCUGCUCAAUCGCUCCUGCAGACAUGAUGAACAUCUUUAACUGUUCUUUCUCAAAGCAAACAUCUUUCACAUAUUCUCUCACAAAGAUUUAACAAUAGUGAGCUCUACAGAGAUAAAGCUUGUGUUUGACAUCUGGAGACAUUAACUCUCUUCUCCAGUUGUUCUUGUGUAGUUGAGAUGACGGUCACACAUCACCAGGAAGAGGAAGACCAACAUUUAGCUGCACUUUAUAAAGUGUGAAAACUGCAGGCGUUUGACGGCUUAAACUGAUGAUGAUUUUGUCAUUUGUGCGUCGACACUGACACACUGACACUGCAGAGCGUUUUCUGAUUGCAGAAGUCACUAUGGUGUCGUCUCUCAUAAAGUCUCUUCCUCUGAUCGUAGUGAUCAUGACUGCGGGGGUUGAUGGUCAGCAGGAUUGGGGAGUGAAUUACAGCCAUUCAAAUGUUUGUGCAUUAAAGGGAUCAAGAGUGAAAAUAUCCUGUACUUUAACAUAUCCUUAUGGCUAUGAGAUCAGAACAGCCUUCUGGACCAAACCUGCUGUAACUGAUGGAGAAUCACCUGAUCUGAUAAAUGAUCCAGGAAAAACAGGAAGAGUUCAGUAUCACUGGGAAUAUAAAGACACUUACAGCAUCACUUUGACGGAUGUAACAGAAGCUGAUAAACACGUCUACUACUGCAGAUUUACUACAAACAUUGAUGGUGGAAAAUGGACGGGGAUUCCUGGAGUUCAGCUUGACGUCACAGACCUGCAGGUGGAGACACAGCAGAGAGUGAAAGAGGGAGAUUCAGUCACUCUGACAUGUAAAAGCAGCUGCUCUCUGACUGAACAAACAACAUUCAUCUGGUACAGAAACAGAGAGAUAUUAAUUGAUCAAACAGUGAAUCAGCUUCAUCUGCAGUCAGUCAAACAUUCUGAUGAAGGAAACUACAGAUGUGCUGUAAGAGGAAAUGAACAUCUUCGCUCUCCACCUGUUUAUCUUAAAGUUUAUUGGGUUGAUGGUCAGCAGGAUUGGGGAGUGAAUUACAGCCCUUCAUAUGUUUGUGCAUUAAAGUGAUCAACGGUGAAAAUAUCCUGUACUU